AUGCUGGAGGAAGAAGUUGACAGUGUUGUAUUGUCUAAUCAACCUUCAAACAUGGAUGUUAGCCUAUGUAUGCGAAUUGAACAAUCAGCUCCUACUGAUUCAAGUGACCAUAACCAUAAAUCUGCACAAUCGACGAUAUCCAGUCAGUUGAAUGCUGGUACUGCUGUCAAGAAAAAAGUAGACAAACGGAUGAUGAAAACACAAAACACUGGAGACAAUGAUGAUAAUAAUGACGAUGAACCUAGAGAUUCAGAUGAUUACUGUUGGAUAUGUCAUAAGCCUGGUGAGAUGAUUAUAUGUAGUUAUUGUCCAAGAGUGUAUCAUCCCAUCUGUCUGUGUAUGACACAAUUUCCAGAUAUUUGGCUUUGUCCUGAAUGUGAGGAUGUCACCGUGGCUGAAUGCUCAUUGCAUCAACCGAAAUUAUGGAGUGACAUCACUCAAGACCAAUUGAAGUGUAUGCUGUUUUUCCUGCUUGAUCGGUUAUCCCGAAAUUGUUGGGCUGAACAUUUUCGAGAACCUGUCGACACAACAGUUGUUGAAGGUUAUAAGGAAAUGAUCGCAUAUCCUAUGGAUUUAAGCACUUUGUAUUCUCGAGUUAAAGAAGGUGUUUAUCCUUCACCUCAAGCGUUUCUCGAAGAUUUUCGCUGGAUCCCACAUAAUUGUAUCGUAUUUAACGGCGCUGAUUCUCCGCUUUCAUCAUCAGUUCGUCUGCUGGACCGUACAUGCUGUUGUGAGUUAACCCUAAUGCUAGCUUGCCCAACAUGCUAUUUUAAUCGUAUGGCAGCUAUUGAUGUUUUGCCAACAACAGAUAUUAAACUGCCUCCAUUGACAGAAAAUGAGCCUAUUUCCUACUUGGAAUCAGUUUCUAGGCGUACUGAUGUUGGUUGUAGUACUACUGAUAAUAGAUGGAUAAGUGAUUCAUCUUCAUCAAAAUUAGAUCCUUGGUGGUUUUGUAAAUUAUGCAAUGUUGUUCAUCCUCUUGUCUGGAUACGCCUGCAAAAGUUUCCACGUUGGCCGGCUAAAGUCAUUGCGCAUGAUGGUAGCCGUCUGUUAGUCUCAUAUUUUGGUGAUUAUGAUACGAAUACUGCACCGAUUGACUCAGCCACAUUGCAUUCAAGUGAUCAAUGUAAGCGGUUGUCUAAAUUGGAAGCAUCAAUUCAUUCUGCUAACAAUGGUACGAAUAUUGCAGGUGACGGCGACAGUAGAAUAGGCAACUAUUCGAAAGUAUCUGAAUCGUUUCCAUCUACUUCAGAUUCUCAGACUACCAAAACACUGCUAACAUGCGUUGACGAUCCAACUGUAAAAGCCAAUUACAUUAGAGCCGUCAAAGAAUUGAAUUAUCACUUGGCGUUGAUUUACAAACGUUAUCCACAGUUCAAAUUACCUCAGAGUCAGGUUAAAUAUUCUAGAGAACGUGCUAAAAAAUAUUAUGGACCAUUUAGUGGGAUUCUUUCUGCUUCUACUUCUUCGCUUGGGGUUUCUUCUGGUUCUCAUCAACCGCCUUCGACAAUGGAAAGGGCAGUUAAUACACACAAGAAUAAUAGUAAUCAUAAGGAAUCAAUGACAAUUGCUAAACUGUAUCCAACGUCUAAUUUCUAUCAUGAACCAGUAUUAGCACGUGUGGCAGCUAGUCUCUAUAACUCACCGAUUACAUCAUCUACUGCUGAUCAUUUAAUAGUCACUGAAGGUGAUCCUACUGACAAUAAAUUGAAACGAAAGUGUCCUGAUGUAGUGAAAACAAUGUCACCAUCAUUGUCGUCAUUAGCAUCGGCUGUGCAGUGCCAGUCUGGCGUCAAAUUUGACGAUAGUAGUAGAUGUAGGAAGAAGAAAAGAAAGGAGAAUUCUUCCUAUAAACCUAUUUCGUCAUUAGUAUCGAUAAGCGAAGCUAUUACAGUAACUGCUGUCAAUGAUGAUGACGAUGGUAAUGAUGUCACUAAUAAGAACAUGAGUACUGCUUACAAUGCUGAAUUACCUGACUAUUCACCAGAUGAAGUUAACUCUCAUCCAUUUUCAUUGUCAAAUGAAUUACGACGAAUAGUGGAUAAACUACCCUCGACAUCAGAUACGAAAAACAUUGUACAAAUGGCAUUUAAUGAUUUUCGAAGUUUAUUUUACAAUGCUUUGCAGAAAUUAGAGGAGAAGUGUGAUAUUAUUGCGGAAUCUACAAGUAAUAGGGAUAUCCAUCCAUGGAGUACCCCAGAACUUCCUCACCUACUUCCAAUAUGUUCAGAUGUUGCUGUUCAAACUGAUGAAAAUAAUGUUCCAUAUCACAAUAUUGAUCUAGACUCAACAUCACCAUCUUCUUCCUGUGUAGAUAAUUCCUUGAAAGCGUCUAAAGCAACGGAAUGUAAAACAGUUCAGACUGACGUUGAAUGUCUAAUGGAAGCAGAAAUUUUGCGUAUGGAACAAGAGAAUCAACGCUUAAAUGCUCUGCUGGCGUAUACACGUGCUGAGAUGACACUGGAGAUGCAUCGUCGAAUAGCUGAAUUACGCAGAGUUUGGAGUUAUGAACUAAUGACUGUUGUAGAGUCAGCGGGUAGAAUAUGGGAAGAAGAUGUUAUACAGAUUGUUGAUGCAGUGAAACGAUGUCAAUGGUGCGCUUAUUGUGGACGUAUAGCAUAUUACUAUUGUUGCUGGAAUACAUCGUAUUGCAAUAGGAAGUUGUUUCCUGUUGAACAAGCCACAAACGGAAUCAUUUUGUUAAUUUAUUUAUUUACUAUGUAA